GUUAUGAUGGCAGGUGCAGCAGAAGAAUCUGAAACCGAUACUGCUGAUUCAAGUAAAAUUUCGUACAAAGUGAUUAUAAUUGGAGGUGGAAUUGCUGGCAUAUCUGCAGCUCAUCAUCUCGUGAAAAACGGUGAAACAGAUUUCAAGUUAUUGGAAGCAAGAAACAGACUUGGGGGGCGCAUUAUCUCCAUUCCUAUGGGAAAUGAUUGUGUUGACCUAGGUGCUUCUUGGAUUCAUGGUGUUCUGGGGAAUCCAGUAUAUGAACUAGCAGUAUCAAAUGGUUUGAUUAAUCUUACAAAUGAGCAAGAACCUCAUACAAUUGUAGCCACUACAGAAGAUGGAAAAAGAGUACCUAUAUCAGUAAUUGAAGAGGUAUACAAUGCAUAUUUUUGGUUUAGCAAAAGGUGUGAAGAAUAUUUUUUGCUUCAUUUACACACUCCACCUAAUGUUGAUAGUGUUGGAAAACAUUUAGAGCUGGAUAUUUCUGCUUAUUUGCAACAGUACCAAGAUGAUGAUGCUUGCGUACGCAGAAUGGUGUUCGACCAUCUUCUAAACAGAGAAACCUGUAUAACAGGUUGUCAUUCCAUGGAAGAAACUGGACUUAGUGAUUUUGGGAGCUAUACAGAGUUACCAGGUGGUAAUAUUAAUAUUCCUGGUGGUUUUCAUUUAGUAAUUAAUUUCUUAGCUGAUAUUUUACCUCAAGAAAGCAUUAGGUUACAAUCUGAAGUGAAACAUAUCAGAUGGAAAAUGAAACCUGAAGAUCCAGCAAAGGACGAUGAAAAGACAUCUGGAAACAAAAGUAAACGAAUUAGUAUUGAAUGUGAAGAUGGCUCAAAAUGGUUAACAAAUCAUGUGAUCAUUACUCUUCCAUUAGGUGUAUUAAAAGCAAAAGCUAAAGAUAUGUUUGAUCCCAGCUUGCCAGAGUAUAAAUUAGAAUGCAUUAAUAAUUUAAGUUUUGGUGCAGUGAAUAAAAUAUAUUUAGAAUAUGAUAGACCAUUUUUAAAUGCGGAAAUUACUGAAGUUAUCACAUUAUGGAAAAGGACUGAAGAACGCGAUAUCAGUAAAAUAUGGUUCCGCAAAAUUUAUUCCUUUAGUAGAUAUUCUGAAAACGUUCUCUUAGCUUGGGUGUCUGGCCAUGAAGCUGAAUUCAUAGAAACCCUUUCUGAAGAACAAAUAGCUAAUACCUGUACAGACAUUUUAAGGAAGUUCCUUAAUGAUCCAUACAUACCAAGACCAUGUAAAGUUGUAUGGUAA